GUUGAUUUAAGGAUAUAGUUGGAGAGAUUCGUGUAGUUGAGCAAAAUCGCCAGAUGACGGAUGCAAAACAGAAAAAAGUCGUAUCUAUAGGUGUUGUCGUUAAAUAAUCAGCGAGCAGCCGCUAACAGAAGCACACUAGUCACCGCCUGAAGAUCAGAAACAGAAUAGAUUAGAGUUGCAAAUCCCCAUUUCGCGCCGUUUUUUUAUUUAAAAACCACAUCCAAAAGAACUAUUGAAAAAAGUUGUGUAAGAGCAAGCUCUAGUACCAAUGGAGAUCAGUGGGCUUUCGAUUGCUGGCAGCGCGACCGGAGCUGCGCCAGCAGCUCCACUACCUAAGCUUUCAACCCGACCGGCAGCUUCGAGCGCAGUUUCCGGAAAGGCUGGGAAAAAAAUGAUACGGCCAACACAGUGGUCACCUGAGGUCGAGGACCUCCACCGCUUGCAAAAAACGGGAUGGAACACCGUGGCUGAGUACGUACUUACUUAGUAAGCUUUCCUUCGACUCUAGUGCUCGUCCAUCCAAAGCUAAACAAUACUUCCCUAAAAUCGUUACUGGUUAAUUUUGAUUUUAAUAAGUAUAAGUACCUAGCUCGCUGGUCAUCUUGUUAAAAAACGCCGUCCAGUCCAUUCAUCAUCAUUACUUAUGAUUUGGCAUAGUUUGAGUAGGAGUAUUAGAAGAAGGACAUCGACAAAGAGCUCGAGCAGUGAAAGGAUUUUCAUCGUUAGAUAGAAGACAACAUUGCUAAAAAAAGUCACAAGAUUUUCGGCGAAGAGUUGCUGCUUAUACUAUGUAUACUUAGAUUUGGAUUGUUCACAGUAUUUAUAUUUUUAAUACUGGUACUCUAACUUCUUCAUCUCUUUUGUUGUAGUACUUACUAGUAGAUGUCUCGUCCAGCACACACAAACUCAAACAAUUAUCUCAACAAAGGUACGAGGAAACAAACGGCCCACUCGACCGCUGGACAAAGGACAAAUGCGAGUCUGAGUUCAUAGCGAAAACGAAAAUAAAAAGCAGUGGCUAUUUCGUGUAUUGGCGCAGGGAUCGGGAAUGCACAGAGGCAGAUGUGAAAAAAGUUAAAAUAUACGCUUGAAUGGUCUGUAAGGCUCCUAGAUGAACGGAUGUCGACUUUUUUUGACGGAUAUUCAUCGGUGGGGCUCUCAUUCCGAACCCGGCAAUAACAAAUCUACCCAAUGCCGUGGAUCGAUUUUGAAAAUUUCACUUGCUUCAAUGAUGGCUUUUUUUGGUGGACUUGACGCUGAUGUGGCAGGCGCUGUCAGAGGUUCCUGUUACAACGGAUGAAGGUGCUAGUAUCCAUGAUUGAAGACAUGCGAUCGAAAUACACUGAGCAUGACAAUUAUUUUGUGGUUGAUUCACAUCAAGGCUCUUUUUCAAAAAUGAGUACUCUGCUAAUAUUAAUUUGUCGAUCCUGUUCCUUAUCACUAGCAUUGUGUGUUUUCGCAUUAGUAAUUACACCAACAAAAAGGAUUUCUAUUUCUUGUGCCAUGAAUAAUGUUGCAGUUCAUUCACCUCGGCCAUAGAAGCUGUGACAUACGUUGGUGAACAGUACAUCACAGAGACGAUCCGCAGGAAUAAAAUCUUUGCUGACCACGAUCACAACUCACCAAAAACGCGUUGCGAAGAG